CUGUAUACUUGGAUGGUUAUUCCUUCGAGUCGCAGUCUCCUCUGAAGAUAAAUAGCACAUUCCACCCCAGCUCAACAACACUACAACACAAUCAAAUCACAAACCUCUCUUACAGCAAGCCAUACCUCUCAUAACCACACAAUCCCAACCCAACCACGACCAUGAAGCUCUCCCUCACCGUCUCUAUCCUGACCAUCGCCGGCCUCGUCGCCGCCGUGCCCGCCCCUCAAUCCGACUCGCAGACCCUUGAGAACCAAGUCAAGGGCGUCGCCGCUCAGACCACCUCUACCACGAGCGAGAGCACGGUCGACCAGUCGCAGUGCAUCGCCCCGGUGCUGUGCUGCGGCACCUUGACCACUCCCUUGGACCCGCUCCUGGACCCCAUCCUUGCGGAUCUGGACAUCAACGCUGGCAGUAUUGUCGGCUCCGUUGGUCUUCUCUGCAAGCCUUACGACACCACCUGCACAACGAAGCCGCAGUGCUGCUCCGAAGUGAACCUCUUGAACGGGGUUCUGGCACUGGGCUGCUCUGCUCUGGAGCAAUAGUUUCCAUUCCAACCAGGAGUCCGCAGGAUGCAUGUUGUAUCUAAUAACACCGGG